GUAAAACAAAUGAAUCAAUUCGAACAAUUCAACAACUAUAUGGCUUACAACCAAGCCCCAUCAACUAUUUUCCUAGGUGGAUUCUCAUACCUAGACAACUUCUGCGACAACAAGCAACCAGUGAACUUAGUCAGUGAGAAAUUGAACAAUGAGAACAAGGGAUUCAAUUCAAAAAUCUUCACUUCAGCUAAAGUAAAGAGCUCUGAUUACUCUGAGACCCUCUCUAUCUAUGCUAAUGCUGAAGAGGAGACUGGUCUAAAUGAUUCUCCAGCUUCUAAGGGAUACGUUAAGGGUGAGGACCAUUCUCUCCUCAACAUUGUCCUAAAGGAAAUCAAAAACACUCCUUUGGAUGACCUCCUCGAAGAAUGAUGAGUAUCCAAGGAGAUCAAAGACCCAGUCAAAAACUCUGAAAAGAUCAGGUUCAAGAACACUAAGACACCUGAGCAGCUUGCUGCUCUUGAGGAGACUCUGGUUAAGUUCCCAUUCAAAUUCCCAAAGAGAGAAAGAGUUAAAUUUGCUAAAUCCAUUGGUCUUGACGAAGUGCAGGUGUACAAAUGGUACUAUGACAACAACCCAAACAAAAGGGGCAGGAAAUCCCAAAAAGGCUUCGAAGCCUUUGAUGCUUUCUCCUUCUAAAUUAUUAAACUUCUACUAAUUAU